AUGGCGCCAACCACAGAACUUUUUCGACCAUAUCUUGCCAGACAUGCAGACUUGCGAGGCAUUGGCGACGAUAGGCCUACCGCUCUUGAGAUUGUCCAGGAUCUGAAAGCUGAAGGAACGCUCAAGAAUGCUGUCAUUCUCAUCACCGGAUGCUCUGCCGGCCUUGGAGUUGAGACUGCAAGGGCUUUGUACUUGACUGGUGCGAAGCUUUACUUGACAUUUCGCAACCUUGAGAAAGGCCGGGCUGCUAUGGAGGCUAUAACAAAAGGCGCACCAGCCGGACAGUCGAUCGAGUUUUUGAACCUGGAUCUAGGCGAUCUUGAGAGUGUACGAGCAGCCGCUGCUGAGUUCAAGUUGCGAAGCAACAGGCUUGAUAUCUUGAUCAACAAUGCAGGUUUGUCUAUCUUAUGUCAAACAAACUUGUCAACAUUGAUUUUAACGACGCGAANNGGCGUUAUGGCGGUGCCUCAGGGAAAGACCAUUAGUGGUUUCGAGACGCACAUGGGAAGCAACCACUUCGGCCACUUCCUGCUGUUCGAGCUACUCAAGCCUGUUCUGCUGUCAUCAGCUUCGCCCGAGCGUAAAUCUCGCGUCAUCAACUUGUCUAGCAGUGGCCAUCUUAUAAGUCCCAUCCGCUUUGGCGAUAUGGAGUUUGCAAAGGAAGGAAGCUACAACCCCUAUGCCGCUUAUGGACAGAGCAAAACAGCAAACAUCUACAUGGCCAACUAUAUUGACAGAGUCUAUGGCGAGCAUAUUCGUGCUGUCUCGGUCCAUCCCGGUGUCAUUCUCUCGACUGAGCUUAUGCGUCACCAGAAGGUUGAAGAUCUUCAGAGCAUCGGUGACCCAGAGUACUUCAGAAAGAUCGAGUGUAAUGCACAACAGGGUGCUGCUACCACUGUAUGGGCUGCUUUGAGCCCUUACUUUGAGACCCACGGUGGAGUGUACUUGGCGGAGGUUGGAGUAGCUCCAGCACUUGCAGAGGACGAGGGCAUUGGAAGAUGUGGCUAUGCUACUUAUGCAUACGACAAGGCAGCGGAGGAUCGUUUAUGGGAAACCAGCUUGAAAGCAGUCGGACUAUAG